GUCUUCUUGAAGAUCUUUGAUCGAACGAUCCAGAUGGCUCGUUGCCUCCAGAUCUUCCUCCAGGUCGCAAUGCCGGAAAACGUAGCUAAGUCUCGUCCCGUGAUGUGGAGUGAAGUUGGCUUUGUGAUUCUUUGGAUCUGCGCAGUCGGCGCACUCGCAGGUGCAGAGAGGGUUGGGAUAUGCGCUAUGGAUGGCUGCAACUGCACCGUUGCCGCGCAUCGCUGGAUCACCGUCAAAUGCAUCUUUGACAGGAAUCAGGACGUGGAGCUGGUGGAGGGGGUGGUCCCGGCAGACGCGAUGGAGGUCGAGGUGUCGCAGUGCAGAGAGCUCAGGAUCCAGGCUGGGGCCUUCACCGGAGGAGCCCAGCUGAAGAGGGUCCACGUCUCUGGGAUCUACAGCGUCGUCGCGAAGAGACAGGCUUUCCAGAAUUUGAGCGCCCCGAAUCCUCUUCUAGAGGUCUCCGAGUGCGACAGCGUCAUCCUGGAGAGCCAUGCCUUCAGGAACGCCCGGGGCCCUCUGAGCGUCUCCAUUUCUCGAUGCAAACACCUGGCCAUCAAGCCGAAUGCCUUCUCCUGGCUCCUCAGGAUCACCGUCAAGGAGGUCCUCUCGGUCGAGCUCUCCAGCAACGCCUUCAAGUUCGAGACUCCGCCUCAUGGUCGCCAUGGACCAGCGACCAAGAUCAUGUUCCAAAACGUGAAGAUCGCGGAGCUCCCCACGGCGUUGUUCCCCUCGAUGGCCGGGGAGGUGAGGAUGGACAACGUGCAGACCAAGGUGAUCAGGAAGGACGCCUUCUGCGCGAUGAACAUCCUCAGCGUGGCCAUCAGCAACGCCACCCUGCUCGACGUGGAAGCAGGAGCCUUCACCGAGAGGACCUACAUAGACAGUCUGGAGUUCGUCGACGUGAGGAUGAAGAACAUCAGAUCCGGAGCACUCAGGGCGGCGGUGAACAAUCUCACCAUCCAGUAUUCAAGCCUCUCAGCGGUAGAAUCUGGAGCUAUCAACACUCCAGCAGCAAUAGUGACGUUCAACAACAACGAGUUCCAGCAUCUCCACCGGAACUCCGUGGUCCUGCGGAAGUGGACUCGCAUCUCGAUCGACCAGAACCUCUUCGAGGUCCUGGAAGAGGACGCGAUAGUGGCGAAGGAGGCAGCAACCUCCGCCCCGAACUCCGAGUUCUCCUUCACGGGGAACCGCAUCAGGGAUCCCAAGCCAGGUUCCUUAAAGAUCCUGGGAGUGUCUCAGCAAGUGAGCCAGUCGCGGGUCGGGACCAUCUACUUCCAGGAGAAGUGCAGCUGCAACCUGGACUCCUGGAUGCAGGGUCUCUACGGGAAGAACGAGUCCACGGGUUGGCUGAUGAACGCGAGCUUCUGCGCGGUGGACGGCUUCCUCAGCAGUUGUCUGAACGUCCCAGAAGGGGUCCUCCCGAUGCAGAACUUCACCAGGUUGAUCUGCUUCGAGGGGAGCCACAUCGUCUGCGAGAAGCCCUUGGCCAAACCCGAGCCCAGCGCGAGCCCCCCCAGCGUGGGGCCCCACGUGUACCCCCGUCAAAAGGGGUACUUCGACGUGGAGAUGAGCGACUCCGAGCAGCUGGACCGCGAGAAGAGGAUCAUCCUGGUGAUCUGUCUGGUGGUGAUCCUGUCGGUGGCGACCAUCCUCCUGGUCACUGGGGGGCUCUACGCGCGACGUCGAGGGGUCUGCGCCAAGAUCUCUUCGGGGCCUCUGCACAACCUGGCCUCGUGGAUGUCGCCGGGCAACAACGAGAUGACGGCGGCCACCUCGGCGAGGUCGAUCUCCAGGAUGAGCGUGCACGAGUAUGCCGGCCUGCGCCCGGAGACCAGGAUCCUGGACGUGGAGACCACGCCGGUGAACCUGGAGGAGGACGAGGUCUUCGCCUACACGGAGAACAAGGCCACCCAGACCCUCCCCGAAGAGCUCACCGAGGAGUACCUCAGGGAACUCCGGGAGAAGCUGAACGACCCUGACGACUACGGUCGCGCCAGGGACAUGAUCGAGCACCUGUACGACCUGAUCAAGGUGGAGGAGAGCUGCAACAAUAACAACGAAGAGGAGAGACUUCACGACCCCCAGGAGAACCCUUACGACGUGGUGGUCCCCAGAUCUAGGGCUAGGCCCAGGGGACCUCCCAAACCCUCGACUAGUGUCGGUACCAGGGUUCCUUCCCUGGAAAAGCUGCUUCCUAGUGCGGUCUCGGGUCCCAGGCCACCCAUCGCCGAGUACACCGAACCCAGGGACCUGAGGACCAGCGACCAGAACCAUCUCUAUGCAGAGCUGCCCGGAGACGAGGCGCUGCCCAGCACCAGUCGUCUUCAUCAACCGGACCUCGGGAACUCCGCCCUCCUCAGGGCUCCUCAGCCUCUUCCUCCGGAUGUGCUGAACGACCUGGCUCCCGAAGACAGAAUCAGUGACAGGUCGAACAUCAGACUGGAGCAGAAGAUUCAAGCUGAAAGCCCAGGGCGCAGGGAACAGUCCAGGAGCCAGGCCAAGCCAUUGGGGUUCCUUAAGGCCCUCGGUGAGAGCAUCCUUGGCGCCACCAGGAUGCAGAACCCCUCGAAGAGGCCCAAUUCCUUGCUCUGCGAGUACGCCGACCCUUCCGACGUGACGGCGCACUUGUAUUCGGAGCUUCCGGAGCCGCAGGCUUCCUCUUCCGGCAAGAUGGCCAACCGGCCACUUCCGAUCAAGCCCGACCACGGUUCCGCGAGGUCGUAGCGACCUGAACAAGGUCCGGCUGUCUGUGAUAUGGGAAACGUGUACUCUGAUAACUCUGAUUAUUCCGAUGAAUACUUGUGGAGAGUGCCUCGAAGUGUGUCGUGUACCUAGGUCUAAGGUGCACCUAGGUCUAAGGUGUACCUAGGCCUAAGGUGUACCAUAAGGCUCGCGCCAUGAAGAGACAGAGACUCCAAGGACUAACGGAAGUGGCGGCCGGUUUCUUUAUCCCUAGGAGUAGGUUUUUAUUUAAUGGCUACCUCUUCUCCGAACCUCCGAUGUAAUAUAUGUCUCUCCUGUACCCUGCUUACUCUGGAUACCGAUAUAUAAAGAUGGCGAACACGA